AUGACAACCCGGACUUCAGUUCACCUACCAUCAAUUCGAUCGCUAUUUCAAGGAUUACAGGAUAAUUUAGAUGACACGGUUAAUAGCGAUCCAAUGGCAUCAUCACUUGGUAAUGUCAGUCGUCUCCAAAAUAAUUUAACUUUCCUAAUGGAGCCAAGAACCAGCGAUGUCCCCUCGCUUUCUCAACCACAAUCGAAAGCAUAUCAAUCGCCACCUCGCUCGUCCACAGAAUUGUCUGUGGAGUCCGUUAGAUCUGCUCAAAUUUUAGAAUCUCUUUCUUCUGCCUCCUUGGUGCCAAGAUAUAGUCAACCAGUACCGACAUCAUUCCACAAUCAAGGCGUAUAUACACCAAUACCCACGCCAAUAUCGAGUACGGUGACAAAGAAUUAUGAGCAUUCAAGUCAUGUUAGAAAAGUCAAUGUUUUAGUUAAUGACUUGACACCUGAAUCAACUUCGGAAAAUGAAUUGUCUACGGAUUCAAAUGGUAGUAAUAAAGGAAAGAGAUGCGCGUGCAAGAAGUCACACAGCUUCCCACAACAUAUUCCAAGACCACGUAACGCGUUCAUCUUAUUCAGACAACAUCUUCAUCCUUCUUUAUUCCCAAAAGACAAAGAGCUAUUGACGACUCAAGGAUCCUUCAAGACUAAUUCAGAUGUCUCGAGAGAAAUUGGACAACGUUGGAGACAAUUAUCUGAUGAAGAAAAAAAAUACUGGCAAGCACUAGCUCAGAAAGAGAAGGAAGAGCAUAGGAAAAAAUAUCCAGACUAUAAAUACACUCCAAGGAAAUUAUUGUCUAGUCACGACAGUGACAGCGAUAAUGACAAGAAGAGAAAAUAUAAAGGACUUUGUGAAUUUUGUCGACAAAAAAAGAAACAUGCCCAUAAGGCUGGCAAUUAA